AUGGCGGCGGGCGGCGGCGGGCGGCCGCCGGGCCCCGACUCCUCGCUGGAGCCCUACGUGCAGACCCGCAUCUUCAAGAUCAUCGUGAUCGGAGACUCCAACGUGGGCAAGACGUGCCUGACCUUCCGCUUCUGCGGGGGCACCUUCCCCGACAAGACCGAGGCCACCAUCGGCGUGGACUUCCGCGAGAAGACGGUGGAGAUCGAGGGGGAGCGCAUCAAGGUGCAAGUGUGGGACACGGCUGGCCAGGAGAGGUUUCGGAAGAGCAUGGUAGAGCAUUACUACCGCAACGUGCAUGCCGUCGUCUUCGUUUACGAUGUCACGAAGAUGACCUCCUUCACCAACCUCAAGAUGUGGAUCGAGGAGUGCAACGGGCACGCAGUGCCCCCCCUUGUCCCCAGGGUGCUCGUUGGGAACAAGUGUGACUUGAAAGACCUGAUCCAAGUGCCAUCCAGCAUGGCCCUGAAGUUCGCCGACGCUCACAACAUGCUUUUGUUUGAGACCUCGGCCAAGGACCCUAAGGAGAGCCAGAACGUGGACGCCAUUUUCAUGUGCCUGGCCUGCCGGCUGAAGGCGCAGCGGUCGCUGCUCUGCCGGGACCUGGAGGGGCGGCCGGCCCAGGCCCGCAGGCUGGAGCCGACGCACGACGCCAACGGUAAAAACUCCUGCCCGUGCUGA